AAUAUAUCAGAAUGUUCAAGACUGUAAAUAAAUAUUAUGGUCAAUUAGUUCUUGGACCACCUGGAGCAGGAAAGACAACAUACUGCGGUGAAAUGUCAAAAUUAUUAGAAAGUGUAGGAAGAAAAGUUAUCUUAAUCAAUUUGGACCCUGCUAACGAUUGUGUCUCUUACACACCUACAAUAGAUAUAAGAAAUCUUAUAGUCCUCGAGGAUGUUAUGGAUCAAUACAAUUUAGGUCCGAAUGGAGGUUUAGUUUAUUGUAUGGAGUAUUUAGAAAAAAACAUUGAUUGGUUAUUAGACCAAAUUAAAGGAGAAAACUCUACUAACUUCAUAUUCGAUCUUCCUGGUCAAGUAGAACUUUAUAGUCACCAUGAUUCAAUUCAUAAAAUAUUUUCCAAGUUAGCUAGUUGUGUACAAAUUCAAUUGUGCGUUGUGCAUUUAAUUGACUCACACCAUUGUUCAGAUGCUGGCAAAUUUAUAGCAGCUUUAAUAUUAUCCUUAAACGCAAUGUUAAAAAUUGCUUUACCGCACAUUAACUUGCUGACUAAAGUUGAUUUAUUAAAAAAGCAUGUUGAUAAAUUAGAAUUUAACAUAGAUUUUUACACAGAGGUUUUAGAUUUAAAUUAUCUACUUGAUAGCUUAGACAGUGAUAAAUUUACAAAGAAGUAUAAAAAACUUAACAGUGCAUUAGUAUCCAUUAUUGAAGAUUACAGUUUAGUUUCUUUCCAGCUUGUAGAUAUGUUCAAAAAGCAAAGUUUAAUUAAUGUAAAAAAUUUGGUAGAUAAGGCCAAUGGGUAUGUUUUCAAAUCAGAUGAAGGUAGACAUAUAAAUAGUAUGUUGGCAUGUGCUAUGGGAGUUCAUGAUAAAUAUGAUAUUGACGUUGAAUAAAUAUUUGCUUUCUUGUAAUUA